UUGUGGCAUAGCUUGCAAUUCAUGGAGCCAUGGGUGUUUUUUUUGGAAUUCUCAUCAAUGAUAAAUAUAUCAGGAUGUGUCGGUGUAAUGUAUCGGGUCGCUUUGUUGAGGCUUUUCUGUGGUUUUCGAUCUGCUGAGGGAAGCCAGGGAUCUGGAUAGCACGGUGAUCGACCUGAGGUGGCUGUACCUCAAUAACCUCCAUCGUAAUAGUGUCAGAUUGCGUGAAUUGACGAGGAAACACUAUAACUCAAAUCAAUGAAGAUUCUGAGGCUUUUCCUGAAGAAAGGUGCGCAUAUGCUGCAGUGUCUCUGUGGAAAGCGAUCGAAGUCGACUACAACCACGAGCGAGCCGCAGCUGAAGGGCAUUGUGACUCGACUGUUCAGCGAGCAGGGCUUCUACCUGCAGAUGAAGCCGGAUGGCACUAUAAAUGGGACCAAGGACGAGAACAGCGACUACACUCUGUUUAACCUCAUCCCGGUGGGGCUGCGGGUGGUGGCCAUCCAGGGGGUGAAGGCCGGCCUUUAUGCAGCCAUGAAUGGAGAGGGCUUCCUCUACACCUCAGACUUGUUCACAGUAGAGGCGAAAUUCAAGGAGUCUGUGUUUGAGAACUACUAUGUCAUCUACUCAUCGACGCUGUUCCGGCAGCACGAGUCUGGCAGGGCCUGGUACCUGGGCCUCAACAAGGACGGCAUUGUCAUGAAGGGCAACCGGGUGAAGAAGACCAAGCCCUGCUCACACUUUGUGCCCAGACCCAUCGAAGUUUGCAUGUACAAAGAGCCAUCGCUGCAUGACAUCGAGGAGAAGGGACGCUCACGAAAAAACUCAGGGACUGAGGCUCCCGCUCUCCUGAACGGAGGAGAAAAAGGGGUGGGGCAGAACUCCACAGUGCAGGAUGGUGGCUCAUAGCCUGCACAUCGCCCCACGUAUUUCUUACACCUUG